CUCCACCAUCAAGCUGCUAAAUCGAAGAGAUGGAUGGUCAACAAGAUCCAAGUAGCUCUACUUCACAUAAUGUAUCGCUGAGUGAAGCAAUCAUUGCCAUCAAGAAGUUGGAUAGAUUCGCAUUUUAUGGCACUUUGGCAGAAGAAUAUCGCGAAGAACCUUUAGCAAAAAUACAAAAGGUAUCUGAUGUUGUUGAUGAGAUUGGAUCUGAAACAAGAAAUAAACCAUCACGAUUUAGUCGAUUAACAGGUAUUGCACAACUACAUCGCGAGAAAGCUAGACAGAGAAGGCAAUCGCGAACUUCAUUGAGGAGGAGUGCAAAAUCAGAUAAUACACAAAAGACAACUCUCAAUAAUGAACGCUCAUCGACAUACAGACCCUUCUCGCUGGAUAUGCUCUUAGAGCGCUUAUCGACGUUUUCGAUUUCAACUUACUCAAACAAGCCAGAUGCAGCACGACUACUCAGCCCGCUUGGAAUGGCAAGUAAUGGAUGGAUACAUGGCGCAGGACAAGGGCGAGACGAGGUGAGCUGCGUUACUUGUGCCGCUGCUUGGAAAGUGGAAGCUCCAUCUAAUUCCACCUCAAAAGAAGAGCAAGCCACAGUCUGGAAAGAGAAGGAGAAGGAUGUACGUGAAAAGCACGAAGAAUGGUGUCCAUGGAGAAUACGAAGCUGCUCGCCUUCCCUAUACAAGGCACCUAUCCGAUCAGUUCUAGAAACCCGAGCCGAUGUAACAAAAUGGGCUUCUAGGCUGUCGGCUUGUCCAGGAUUUGAAUCAGUAAUGAUUGCAUCCGACACAAAAGAGGUGAGCACGAACGACUUUGCAGACAAAUUUCCAGAUCUUCCGGCUGCUGCUUUGAUCUUGGCAAUUUUUGGCUGGCAAGUAUCCGGAGAGGGCUCACCGCCAAUCGAUCAAUGUAUCAUCGCAUGCUCCAUGUGUGCUCGAAGGGCUGGGCUAUGGGCUUAUACGAAAGAUGGGAAACAAUUCGAUGUAUUGCGAGAACACAAGUCCUAUUGCCCGAUCAUAAAUGGAGAAGUGCAAAGUGGAAGUUGGAUGCAUGCAGGGCAAGCCGAUUCACUUACUUCAAGCAAGAGUCAAUUAUUGCCGGCAUGGCAGCUACGCUUGCAACUUCUUCUAGGGAAUAAAGCAACUUCCUCAGAUGAAACACCAAAGCAAUUUGAUGCCAGAAAUAUGCGAAGUUCUGAAAUAUUGGCAAAGGUAAAUGCACUGCUAGACGGUCGAACAAGUUGACGUUUAAGCUUGAGCUCAUGUACAAUAGAAUCACCACAUGUAUUAUCUUCAAGAAUCUUGUAAUUAUACGCAUAAUCUAGCAAGCUAAGUAUGAAAACCCUUUCUGCUUGCAUCACUUUGACUUGUUCUUCUUGCCAUCAACAGCACCUACGAAGCCUUUGCCAGUUAGACCUGCAACUUGAUCCCAUUCUCUCUUGUAUACUUUGUCGAUAGCUUUGUGAAGCUGUGUGACACCUGUGGUGAUACCCAUGAAAAGCACUGCACAAACGGCAUACAGUCCCCAUCGUUGAGCGUUUGAUAAGAUUUCGAGUAAUGGAUAAGGAUAAUUUCCGUUUUUGCUUGCACAAAUCUCUACCCAAACACCAUAAGCUGCAGUACUCAAAGCACUAACGGCUGCAGGAUGAAUGUCUUUUGGGAAUGGUGGUUCGAAAAUCAAAUAAUCCAAAACCAAAAAGAUUGCAGGUGCUGCAUGAAAUGAAAGAUCGUCCAA